UCUCUUCUACGAUUGCCGAUUAGAGACAGGUGAUAUCUCUCACGCUCUGUAUUCCUAAGAAGAGAGAUCCAAAGAAACCCUAGGAAGAGGCGGAGAAGAUGUUGAGAGUUGCAGGAAGGAGACUAUCUUCUCUGUAUUGGAGACCGAACCAGACCGCCUCGGCCAUACUUUCCAGGAACUUAAUCAACGGAGAUGUCGCGUCUGAUGAUUCCGAACCGAUAUUCUCUGCUAAUGGAUUCUCUUCCAGAUCGAUUUUUCGUGAUCCAAUCAGAGGUUUUGCUUCUGAGUCGCUUGCCUCGAGAAAUGAAUAUGGGAUCAUUUCGGGCCUUCCUGCAACUGUUGCUACUGUGAAGAACCCAACUUCAAAAAUUGUGUACGACGAGCACAACCAUGAGCGUUUCCCUCCGGGUGAUCCCAGCAAGCGGGCGUUUGCAUACUUUGUGUUGACCGGUGGGAGGUUUGUCUAUGCCUCAUUGAUCCGUCUCCUGGUUCUCAAGUUUGUGCUGAGUAUGUCUGCGAGCAAAGAUGUUCUUGCUCUUGCCUCCCUUGAGGUUGAUCUCUCCAGCAUUGAGCCAGGGACUACUGUGACUGUCAAGUGGCGUGGAAAGCCAGUCUUCAUCAGGCGCAGGACUGAAGAAGACAUAAAGCUGGCUAACAGUGUCGAUGUGGGAUCCUUGCGGGACCCACAAGAUGAUGCUGCCAGGGUUAAGAAUCCGGAAUGGUUAGUUGUGGUCGGUGUCUGCACUCAUCUAGGUUGCAUCCCAUUGCCAAAUGCUGGGGACUUUGGCGGGUGGUUUUGCCCAUGCCAUGGAUCCCACUAUGAUAUCUCUGGCAGGAUACGCAAGGGCCCAGCGCCAUACAACUUGGAAGUCCCCUCUUACAGCUUCUUGGAGGGGAAUAAGUUAUUGAUCGGCUAAGUUCCAGGAGAGUGAGUCAUUAUCAGAUAUUAAUAGAUUUUUCAGAAAAAAAUUCUAGGACUUUUUCUUUUUUUUUUUUUUUUUUUUUUGCAGAUUCCAACUCCUUUCCUAUUUUUGGUCCUGUUUAACGCAUGCAUCAUGUAUCUGAUAUCUCUACUACCAGUGCUUGUCUGGUUUCGAAUUCUCAAUAAUUUUUCUGGCCUUUCGAUUCUUAAUGGUGUUUUCGUGAGGCCAGCUAUUCUUCAAUAGUUAUCUGGCAGGCAACUGCCACGAAAACAGAUGGAUCCUUUUUUUUUUAGGUUAAACACAGCUUAUUCUUAUA